CGACAGCCGAACAUCGCUUGCACCUCCCUCUCAUCCUCCCUUUCCUGAAUUCCACCCUUGCUUAGCCUGAGAGACAAGGAUCCGGCGCGAGAAACUGUGCCCAUAGUUGCCUACACUCUACCUCGACUCGCGCCUUCACCUACACCAUGGAGUUCUUUAGCGGCGCUGGCGGGGAUCCACUCAAGCCCUCUAUCUUCGAACUCGUCGCGCAAGAGCAGCUUCGCGACUUACUGCAGCCUGCGCUGAAAUAUGUGCUUGCUGUUUUCGCCCAACGCUACCCGCGAUACCUCAUACGCAUCGUCAACCGCCAUGAAGAAUUCUACGCCCUCAUCAUGCUCAUUGUCGAGCGAUACUACUUGAGAAAACAUAACGCGUCCUUCGCGGAGAACUUCUACGGCAUGAAGCGAAGAAGAAGACCUUUUAUCGAGACGGAUAGGGCAAGGGUUGCGUCGGGGAUGAUUCCUCCGGCGGAGCGAUUGAGGAAUAGGGAAAUUCGGUGGUCUUUGUUCUUCCUGGUUGCGAUACCCUACAUUCGCGCGAAAGCCCAUGAUUGGUUUGAGGAUGUAGGCGGUGGGACGCACAUAGAUAUUCUGGAUGACGAGCCAAGGUCGGGGGCGUCUGAUGGUAGCGAGACCUGGUGUGCACGGCUGAAGCGCGUCUAUAAGACGCUGUACCCUUGGGCGAACUCUGCAUUCGAGGUCUGGCUACUCAUCAGCAAUGUUGCGUAUCUGUUCGACCAAACACCAUACUACCGCCCAUGGCUGAAGUGGAUAGGAGUGGAUCUACGACGCUUGGGGCCGGAGGACUUCCGAGCAGCUAUGCAAGCUCAACGAGCAAAGCUUACCCCAGAGCAACGAAAGGGCAUCAUGGCAAGAAUACGACGACUAAUCCUCACCUCGCCUAAGCUGUUGCUCGACUCCCUACGACUGCUCCUCCCAACAGCGAUAUUCUUUGUCAAAUUCCUUGAAUGGUGGUAUGCACCUGGCUCGCCUGCGCGUGCGCUCUCGGCUACGCCAACGGGCCCUGUCGUGCCUCCACCUCGAAUGCUUCCGCCUCAUCCUCAAGGGAUUCCUUUCGAUCCGACCAGCCUCGGGACGUGUCCAGUAUGCCGUCAGUCGAUCAACAAUGCGACUGCCCUGCCGUCUGGGUAUGUCUACUGCUACCGAUGCGCAUACGAGGAAGUAGAGGAGCGCGGCCGUUGUCCGGUGACGCUGCUGCCGGCGCAGAUGUGGCAGCUGCGCAAGGUGCUGGUGUAGGUGAGGCGCGAGAAGAGGUAGCGGUAUGCGGGAAGGGCGG